GCUCAGCGGAUCCGCCCUUCCAGCGCUCCGCUCAGCCUGUUGCUGCCAAACCAGCUGGCAUUUUCAAUUGAUAUCCUGUUAACGACCUUUAAUCUCAGGUUUAGUAGGCCUAUCUUUUAUUACUUUUCAGGAAAGACAUCAAGAGUUCAAAGCCACCAUGCGGGCUACGGAGAAACUCCCAAGAACGUUUCCCUGUGGAAGUGCACACCUCCCACUCUUCAGCCUGUGAUUUAACCUGUUUUUUUGUGGGGGGGUGGGGGGGUUGAGCGACUUUAAUCAGUUUACCUUAAUGCAUCAGGCGAAACUGCAGCAGCACAUAACGUAGACGUUUGUUCAUGAGUUGUUGAAGCUUGCUUGGGGAAGUUUUUCACCGAGCUCCCCUCUCGGCCGGGUCUCCUCACCUGAUUUGCACGCCACUCCCCGCCGGUGCAGAGCCUCUCCGCGGCCCCCGCAGCCGCCAGGAUGGGGACACCGGGAGCUCUGCCUGCUUGGAAAGCCACGAUUUUCUUCUUUAACUUGAUCUCAGCUGCUGUGGCCAAAAGACACAUCGUGUAUUGGAAUUCUACAAACACAAGGUUAACAGCAGGAGAUCUGUCCAUCCAGGUGAAUCUGAAUGACUACCUGGACAUUUACUGCCCACACUACCCCGACAAGGGGACCCAGGGUCCCGGGCAGCCGGAGACACUGGCCCUCUACCUGGUGGGAGAGGUUUCUUUCCAGGGCUGCGUGGAGACCAGAGGGGCCAUCAAGAGGUGGGAGUGUAACACCCCCUACGCUCCGUUUGGACCAGUGCGCUUCUCUGAGAAGAUCCAAAGGUUCACCCCCUUCUCGCUGGGGUUUGAGUUUCUGCCAGGGCGCCACUACUACUACAGCUCACUACCCGCAGAGGAAGGCCCUCCUCUGCCAUGUAUGAAGUUGCGUGUCACCGUGUGCUGUGAGCCCACAUCAGAGGGUUCAAAACAAAUACAAGAAACUGUACCAGAAAGUAGUGCCUGCUCACUGAGGACAGCUUCACCUCCACUCCUCCUCAUCCUCGUCCUCCUCCUAUUGACCACCUGACUUCCUUGUCCCUCUUCACCGCUGCGCUGACCUCACGCCCGGUUUCCCCCGGACCGGGAGAUAUUACUCAGACUUUCAAGUACACAAUGCAGUCUACGCUCAGACAGUGAAUGACAUAAUGCAAUCUAUGCUAAGCUACUGUAUAUGACAGAUAUUACCUUGUGGCUGGUUUACCUGUCAAAUUCCAGAAAGAAUCAGUGUGUCUGAUCCAGAACGGGGCCACAGUGACUCAGGGACCGAGAAGCCGAAUCUCAGUGAUUCAUUUCUUUGUUAUUUUCUUCAGAAUAUUACACAUAGAGCAAGGCUGAAUCAUAAGACUCAUAUCCCACUGCCAGAAGAACAAUGAGUCUGUCAGGAAUUGUUCCAACCAAGUUUUCUCACUUUUUCAUUUCUGUUUCUCGUUCCGUUUCUCAUUUUCUACUCAUUGUGUUUUUGUGUAUUUACGAAAAACUGCCUUCUGUUUAAAAAGUGGCCAAAUAAACAUGUACUACUGUACCGAGUGGCUCAGGUUGGAGGUCAAUCAGUUAGCUGGUGACUUUUUUCUGUACAUGGUUAGACAUAAGUUACUGACACAUUUUUAGUCUUGUCAAACUUUUUUAACUAAUUAGAUUUCGGAAAUAAAGUAGUUUUAGGAGGAAAUGGGGAAUGUUCUGGAAUAGUCAAGCAGGGCUGCUGCGCCCCCUACUGGGAUUAUACUGGUUUAACUGGAGUUGGACUGGGUUGGCCAUAAACUCAGAAACUGGACAUUUAGAUUGUGGUGCUGUUUGGUAAUAAUGGGACCUGAGUUUGUCCUCUGAUUGGACCCCCUGUUGUUCUGCCUCCCCACGCCUCUCUCUGCUUCAGAAUAAAGCACUGAACAGAGGGGUUUAUGGGUAAACCGAGAGCAUCAGCUCGCCUCACUCCACUGAACAUGCUGCGGACCACUGAGGAGGCUGAUUGGUCGAUGCUUCUGGUGACCAACCAGGUGUGCAGAUAUGCACACAAGCUUUUUGUUCCUUUUGUUGUCCUUUUUUUAAGCAGGAUCCUUGAUUUUAGGUUUUACUGGAUAGUUAAUAUAUUCUGCAAAAUGAGAUAUAUUAACUGCAUAAUUCAAUAUUUUGGUAAGAACUGAUCUCUGAUAUUUAAGUGCAAAAAUACUUAUUUGGCAUACACAAACAAUGAUUUAUAUUCUGGAUGUCUAUAUGUAUGGACUGGAAUUUUCAAUAUGCUCUGCUACAAUUUAGUUAAAUGAUUUGAUUU